UCUGUUUACAUAUGUGGCCUCUGUGGAGGAGGGGUGUCCCACCUGUGCUGGGGCCUCAUUUGUGCCUGAAUGUGCUGGUCUUUGCAUGGUUGACCUUUUGAGUAUGACCGCUGAGGGGUCCUUAAGCACAGAACUCAAUGUCCCAGGGAUCAUUUGAUUGUUGGGCCCAUGAACUAUCAAAGGCUCAUUCUUAGAUUGUUAAAAACAUGCCAGUAGAGAGCAUGUGUCAAAGUUUUAUUGAACUCAUCUAAUGAGAGAACUAGCAUAAUAACAAAACUGAUUCAGUGAGGAUGUGAGGAACUGAUUAAAAAGUCCAUGGAAAGAGGAAUGUUCAAAGAAGAUCAAAAUGAAAACAACAUUGUAAAUUCAACUAUACUUCAAUAAAAUUUUUAAAAAAAGGACAAAGAAGAUCAAAAUGGGUUCAUGUCUUAGAGGACAGUAAAGUCUUAACCUCUGGGGUUAUCAUCUCUACCAGAAAAGAAAAAGAGGCUAUGGCGUACCUUAUUGUUUUUCUACAUGUUAUCCUCGGACUUUUAUAGAGUUGUAAGAUGUCCUAAUAAAGUGUUGGUUAAGUCAGGUUAUGUUUUCAGAGGGAAUCAGAUGACCCUUCGUGGUGCGGGGGGCACACUUAUUAGAAAAUGGAUCAGCAUGACGUUAAAAGUUCACACGAUGAUCAUUUUUGGCUUCAUUUCCAAGUUUUGGGUAUUUUUUUUCUGUAUAGACCACAAUAGAGCAUAAUAUGGGAUAUAAUAGUAGGAGUCACUAGGAUGAAAUCCUCAAAGUCAUUCAUUUAAAAAAAAAUGGCUGCCCUCCUGAGACCUGAAACUACCACCUAGAACAGAAGGACAGCCACCAAUGAGAGGCAGAUGUGGGCUCUUUCACAGGGGUUCAUUUUCCCCAUGUUGGAUUCACUGACCAGUGUCCCCCUUUCAGAACCUUACCUCAGAGGCAGACAACAGUGGCCAUGAGUCCAGCAAAGGAUUUAUUAGCAGCCUUUUCCUGAGUUCUCCUGACAUGUAUCCACCGACAGACAAAGGAAUUUCAAAAGGCAGAGGCCUUGAACCCAUGGCUUGGGCCGCCAUGCACGGGUCUGCCUGCUUUGGGGGGCGACCUUUGGUGAGGGGCAGCGGGACCCAGGCUCUUGAGUAGAAAGCAGGAAACUGCAGCAGGGGUUAAAAGAAUGUGCUUGUUGAUCUUUAAGUCGCUCUGUGCGCAUAACACUAGCACCCGCCGCCGCAGCCACAGGCCCCUUUGUCGAAGGCCGAGGUGUGUUUACUUGUAGUUGCAGGUCUUCUGCUGAGUGUAACAGUUUUCAGCUGUUUCCUAUUGCCUCAGCUUUCAUCUGCUAGGUGUUUUAGAUCUCUCUCUGGCGGAUCCAGAGCCUUUUUUGUAUUUGUGUAAAGUGGCUGGUGAAAAUGGUCAUAUUUUUCAUCGAUGAGGUGGAAGGUGAGGCUUUUGCCUAUUUGCACCAGUCUGAGACAAAGCUCACGCUUACUUUGCUUGUCUUGAUUUCAGAAAGAAUCACAAAUUUACUUCAGCAAGUGGCAUAACAGAGAGAUUUCCAAGUUGCUAUUCUAUACUCAGAGACCCUGAAGUAGAUCUCUUGGAUCCCAUUUCACUUUGCUUUUUCACCCCAAGGGCCACUGAUUUUGUGAAGUGUAUGGGAUAUUGUCUUCAAGGUACUUGUGUCUCUUGGAAAGGCGGCGCGAGUUUUCCAGGCGUGUUUCAUAGUGUGCGCAGCCUCGUCCUGCGCACGGCUCUCGUGGUGAUGUGCUCGGGGGUGGGGGUCAAGCCGAACUCCUCAGGGAGCGUUUACCGGGCUGCGACGUGCUGGCACCAGAGGCUGUGAGCACAAAUGAGACGCCUGAAAAGGAACAAGGUAUCAUUACGAAUGUAACUUCUUCCACAGGAGGACAGUGUUAGCUCCUGUGACCCGGCCUUUGGUCACACUUUACUCUGGGGCGCACAUGUUAGACAUUGUUCUGCAAAUAUGGUCCUGAUUAAAAUGCCACUUGUGAGGGUUUUGACUGGAUUCAUCAGGCAGCUCUGUUGGAACACGCUAAGUGAACCUACAGUUAUCUUUUGGCCCUGAUUGUUGUGUUACUUUAUGGAAUAAUAAUGACAACAUUCUGGCUGCCUGGCUUUGUAUGCAUUAUGUAUAAUCUGCUCGUGUCUGUCUGUGUACAAGGACUAAAAUUUGUUGAACACUUAACGCCAGGCAGGAGUGAGCCUAAGCCCUUCACAUGCUUUAUCUCAUUAAAUCCUUUACACCCGUCUAUGGCAUAGAUACCAUUUUUUUUAUCACGCCCAUUUUUUAGAAGAGAUAACUGAGGCAUCUUAAGGUUAAAAGACUUACAAGCUAUGAGGAGCAGAGAACUUUGGAACUUGAGCAGACUGGCGCCAGACCCUGAGCUCAAGCAGGCAGCAUUAUCUGGGUGUCCAAAUUGUCCUGAUGGGGUUAAGCCCCUCACCAUUAUUACCCGCUGCAUCCUGCCUUCCCCAAGUGUCCUGUCAAUAUUUUGCACAUUUGUACCACUUGGAGAGAAGUCUCUCAGUUACUCUGCUAGUCUUUUUUUUUUUUUUUUUAACUUUUAUUUACUUUUACUUUUGGCUGCGUUGGGUCUUCAUUACUACACACGGGCUUUUUCUAGUUGCGGCGAGCGGGGGCUACUCUUCGUUGCAGUGCGCAGGCUUCUCAUUGCGGUGGCUUCUCUUGUGGAGCAUGGGCUCAGCAGUUGUGGCACGCCAGCUCUAGAGUGCAGACUCAGUACUUGUGGCACGCGGGCUUAGUUGCUCCGUAGCAUGUAGGAUCUUCCCGGACCAGGGCUCAAACUCGUGUCCCCUGCAUUGGCAGGCGGAUUCUUAACUACUGCGCCACCAGGGAAGCCCCUGCUAGUCUUGAGUUAAUAAAAAAUUACGAAGUUACUUUACAAGUGGCAUCAAGUAGAGAUUUCCAGGUUGCUAUUCUAUAUUCAGAAUCAUGGUUGUGAACUUGUUUUCUGCAUUUUAAAGGAUUCUCUUCAGAAAUCAGGUAUUUCAACUCAAAAGAGCAAUCUUUGCCUGGAUUUAUGGGCUGGUGCUGUUUUUCCUAUGAAUUCUGAAAGCAAGUCAGUUCGGGAAAAUAUUUCAUUUUACUCAUUUGUAAGGAGGCUUGUUAUUUUGUGGUGUUUAGGGUAUGCUUUUCAGAAGGAUCUUGGUUGUCUUUUCUUAGAGUGGUAAAUAAUCCAGUUGUGUGACUAUCUAGUUGUUCCCCAUCCGUGGGGCCCUUGCAAACAACCAAUUCCAACUCGAAUUAUUCUUUAAACUUUCAAUAUAUAGUUUUCUUUUAGGGAACAAAAUCUUAAAAUUAACAACUGGAGCCUGUUAGAUGCUGUUAUAAAAAAUGGUACUUGGGCUUCCCUGGUGGCGCAGUGGUUGAGAGUCCACCUGCUGAUGCAGUGGACACGGGUUCGUGCCCCGGUCCGGGAAGAUCCCACAUGCCGCGGAGCGGCUAGGCCGGUGAGCCAUGGCCGCUGAGCCUGCGCGUCCGGAGCCUGUGCUCCGCAACGGGAGAGGCCACAGCAGUGAGAGGGAUGCGUACCGAAAAAAAAAAAAAAAAGGUACUCCGGGAAGGGUCCGGAGUAAUUAAAGACAAGUGUGUUGCCAAUAAAAGCCACACCAGUUGGCUGAUUCCUCAGGCUUUGUCACUUGCAAUGCAGGAAGUGUGUGUGUGUGUGUGUCUGUGUGGAGGGGUGUCUUGUGACUCAGGGAGAGUGGUCCCCUGACCGAGUUGAUCUUGCUGAUUAUGCAUAAUGCAGUUUUAUUUUCUUAAUGACCGGAUUAUCUAAUCUGAGCUUAGAAAGGGACUUGGGAAUCAUGUGUUUCAACCCCCAGCUUUCUAACAGGUCAAAAUCUAAACCAUGUAAGAUGUUGCUGUGAUCAUUACUGGACACUUAAACUUGUAUAGUGUGGCUGUCCCACAGGGGACCCUAAACCAGUGAGUCUCCAGUCUGGCCCUGCUCCAGGCACACUGCAUCGUCAGAAGUUUGGAGUAGGGGCAGGAGUUGGUGUAGGGGCCUUGGAAUAUUUUUAAAAAUUCAUGUGACUUGCUGCUUGAUGAAGCUUGGGCACUCCUUUUGUACAAUGGGACUGAUGGGCAGUGUCAUCCUCUUUAAUAUCUUUUCUCAAGCACAUGGCUUGGUAGCCUGUGACCUGUAGUUCUACAUUUGAAAAUAUUAUGUUAUUUCUAAAGUAUGUUUAUGAAUAUAUAAGGAAACAUAAUCAUGCUAGAAAUUGUAAAAACAAAUGUGUACCACAAAUGCAAAAACAACGUACCAAUAUGUAAACAAUGCUCUAUGUGAGUCCAUUAGAAUUAAUACAUGCUGAUUGCAGAUACUCUGGAUUAACUAAACACUGGACUAAACGCUGCCUUCUACCCAGUGGUAGUGAGGUGGGCAGAAUUUCUAGCAAUGGUCCCCAAGAUUCCACUCCUUGAAUCCCCAGAACCUGUGAAUGUGAUGAGCUAUCAUUCCAGUAAUUGUGUUAUGUUAUAUGGUGCAGUUGACUUUACAAAAGAGAGAUAUUCAGGGGGGCUUAAUCAUAGCACGUGAGCCAUUAAAAGAAGAGAAAUUUCUCUGCCUAGUGGCAGAAGAGGAAGUCAGAGAGAUUGAAACUGUGAGGAGGACUUGUGGCUUUGAAGAUGGAGUGGUCAUGUGAGAAGGCAUACAGGCAACUUUAUUGGAGCAGAGAGCAAACCUUGGCUAGCAGCCAGCAAGGAAAUGGAGACCUCAGACCUCCUGCUUCAAAAAUUGGAUUCUGCCAACAACCUGAGUGAGCUUGGAAGUGGAUUGUCCUCCCAAGCCUCUAGAUAAGAGUCCAGCCUGGUUGUGUGUGGCUUAAAAUACAGAUAGCAAACUGUAUCUGGGGCAGUUUGCUCCUUCCCUACUGGCAUAUUGUCAGUGGAGACCAAAUGGGAAGUCUGGACUCUCACCCUCUGCCCUGGGCUCAGCAGUAGUAAGUGGCCCCCCUCACCCUCUCCACUAGAUAGUGGGGAAGAUGUUGCGGAGGAGGGAGCUGGAGAAAGGGAUUCAUUAAACCCAUGUAGGAAAUCUUGAGCAAAAUCCUGACCAACACGUACAUGAAUCUGACCAGAAUUAAUGUGCCAAAAAGUUUGAGAAAAUAAACUACAGUGUGAAAUGCCACCCAAGUUUUCAGAGUGACCUCUAGGUAACACAAAUGAAGAGGACCAGAAUAGCCUUGCAAGGGCUCUAGAAACUAAACUGUCAUGGCAUCACAGCCCACAAAAGUAGCCCAGGAUCUAUAUGCUUAAUCUAAAUAGGGUCAGUGCCUGCUAAAUUUAAAUAGGAUCCAGAGUCUUAUAACAUAAUAGCUCAAAUGCCCAGGAUACAGUAAAAAAAAAAAAUCACCUGUCAUACCAAGAACCAGGAAAAUUGGAACUUAAAUGAGAAGGCAAUCAACAGAUACCAACACUGGGAAGACUCAGAUGUUGGAACUGUCUGACAAAAGCAGCCAUCAGAAAAAUGCUUUAAUGAGCAAUUACAAACACUAUUGAAACAAACAAAUAAUUAGAAAAUCUCAGCAAAAAUUAGAGGUAUUAAAAAAAUGGAAAUUAUAGAACUGAAAAAUAAAUCACCAUAUUAAGUUCACUGGAUGAGCUUAAUAAUAGAGAUGACAGAGGAAAGAAUCAAUGAAGUUGAAGACAGAUCAAUAAAAUUUACCCUGUCUAUCUGUUGUCCAGACAACAGAUGGAAACUAGUCUAAAAAAAAAAAAUGAACAGAGCCUCAGAGACCUUUGGUACAAUAACAUUAGGUCUAACAUUUGUGUCACUGGAGUCCCAGAAGGAGAAGAGAAGACUAUAGAAAUAAAAAGCAUUCGAAGAAAUUAUGGGUGAAAACUCUCCAAAUUGGGCAAAAGGGAUAAACCAUCAGAAUCAGGAAGCUGAGCAAAACCCAAACAGGAUAAACCCAAAGAAAUCUAUGCCAAGACACAUAAUAAUCAAACUUCUCAAAACUUCUUUGUCUUUAGACAAAGAAAAAACAGAGAGUGAGAAACAAUGUUUUACCCAUAGCAGCAGAAUGAUUUGAAUGACAGUGGAUUUCUAAUAUGAAAUCAUGGAGUCUAGAAGGAAGCGCACAGCAUUUUCAAGUGCUGAACAAAAAGAACGUUCCACUCUGAGUUCUACAUCUGGUGAAAAUAUCCUUCAGGAAUAAAGAGAAAAUAAAAACACUCUCAGACGAAGGAAAACAAAGAAAAUUUGUCAACAGCAGACCCACCCUUAAAUAAUGGCUAAAGAAAGUUCUCUAAACAGAAAAGUAAAUGAUAACAGGAGGAGGCCUGGAACUCCAGAAAGAAAACAAAACAAAACAAAACAAAAACAGUGGAUGGGUAAAAACAGAAGUACGUUUAAUAGGCUGUUUUUAUCCUCAUUAGCUUUUAAAAUUAUGUUUAAUGGUUGAAGCAUAAGUUAUAAUAUCUGGUGUGAUGUCAAUAUAUGUAGAGAUACUAUAUGAGAAAAUUAUGUUUAAAAAGUGGGGAGAGGGGACUUCCCUGGUGGUCCAGUGGUUAAGACUCUGUGCUCCCAAUGCAGAGGGCCCGGGUUUGAUCCCUGGUCAGGGAACUAGAUGGCACAACUGGGAGCCUGCCGCAGCUAAGGCCUGGCGCAGCCAAAUAAAUAAUUAAGACCUGGCGCAGCCAAAUAAAUAAAUAUUUUUUUAAAAGAAUAUUAAAAAGUGGGGAGAGAGGGACUUCCCUGGUCACACAGUGGUUAAGAAUCCACCUGCCAAUGCAGGGUACACGGGUUCAAGCCCUGGUCUGGGAAGAUCCCACAUGCUGCGGAGCAACUAAGCCCGUGUACCACAACUACUGAGCCUGCCUGCUGCAGCUACUGAAGCCCACGUGCCUAGAGCCUGUGCUCCGCAACAAGAGAAGCCACCGCGGUGAGAAGCCCAUGCACCGCAACAAAGAGUAGCCCCCGCUUGCCACAGCUAGAGAAAGCCUGCGUGCAGCAACGAAGACCCAAAUGGAAGUAAGGUUUCUACACUUCACUUGAAAUGGGGAAGCAUUGAUACCAGUAGUCUCUGGUAAGUUCCAUAUGUAUAUUGUAAUAACCGAAAAAAAAAACGCAAACCACUAAAAAACUAAAAACCAAUAAAAAACUAUACAAUGAGAUAUACUCAAAACGUCUAUAGAUAAAUGUACAAGUAACUCACAGGAAGGCAAGAAAAAGGGGACAGAGGAAUGAUAAACAGGAAACAAAGAGAAAACAAAUAAUACAAUGGCACACCUAAGCCCUAACAUCAAUAAUUACUUUAAGUGUAAAUGGUCUAAAUAUACCAAUUGAUAGAGAUAACAGAAUGGAUAAAAAAUGUGACUUAACCAUGUGCUGUUUACAAGAAACUCACUUUAAAUAUAUUGCUAUAGGUGCAUUAAAAGUAAAAGGGUGGAAAAAGGUAUACCAUGUAAAAAUUAAUUUUAAAAAAAGCAGGAAUGGCUAUGUAUAAUAUCAGAUGAAGUAGACUAGAGAGCAAAGAAAAUUACCUGAGACAAAGAGGGACAUUACACAAUGAUGAAAAUGUCAUUACACUAAGAAAACACAACAAUCCUAAAUAUGUAUGAACCAAACAACAGAGCUGCAAAGUACAUGAAGCAAAAACGGAUAGACCUGAAAGACAGACACAUCCACAAUAAUAAUAGUUGGGAACUUCAGCAUCUCUCUCUCAGCAUUUGAAAGAACUACUAAAUAAGGUAUCAGCAAGGAUAUAGAAGAACUGAACAGCAUUAUCAACCAAGCAGUUCUAAUUAAUAUUUAUAGAACACUCCACUCAAAAAAGAGCCUAAAACACAUCUUUUUCAAGUACUCAUGAAACAUUUACCAAGUUAGACCAUACCCUGGGUCAUAAAACUGACCUCAAUUUAUUUAAAGGAGUGGAAAUAAUACAGAGUAUGUUCUCUGACCAUAAUGUAAUCAAACUAGAAGCCGACAACAGAAAGAUAACAGGAAGAUCUCCAAACACUUGGAAAUCAAAUAACACACUUCUGAAUAAUUCAUAAGUCAAAGGGGAAGUCUCAAAGCAAAUUUUUAAAAAUACAUCAAGGUGAAUGAAAAUGAAAACACAGCAUAUUAAAGUUUAUGGGACACAGCUAAGGUAGUGCUGAGAGGAAAUUUUAUAGCACUAAAUAUUUAAGUCAGCAUGGAGGAAAGAUCUGAAAUCAAUAAUCUAAGUUCCUACCUCAAGAAACUAGAAAGAGAAAAGAUCCCCUGCCCCCACCAAAGCAAGCAGAAGAAAGGAAAUAAUGAAGAUAAGAGCAGGAAUCAUUGAAGUUGAACACAGAAAAUCAACAGAGAAAAUCAGUGAAAAAGCUGGUUCUUUAAAAAGAUCAGUAAAAUGGUUAAAUCUUUUUGUUUUUUUUAAAAUUUAUUUAUUUAUUUUGGGGGGACUGCGUUGGGUCUUCGUUGCUGCACGCGGGAUUUCUCUAGUUGUGGCGAGCAGAGGCUACUCUUCGCUGCAGUGCACGGGCCUCUCAUUGCGGUGGCCUCUGUUGUGGAGCACGGGCUCUAGGCACGCGGACCCCAGUAGCCGUGGCAUGCGGGCUCAGUAGUUGUGGAGUGCAGGCUCCAUAGUUGUGGCGCACGGGCCCAGGUGCUCCGCGGCAUGUGGGAUCUUCCUGGACCAGGGCUCGAACCUGUGUCCCCUGCACUGGCAGGCAGACUCUCAACCACUGCGCCACCAGGGAAGCCCGGUUAAAUCUUUAAGAUGACUGAAAAAGAUAAAAAAGAAGAUAUAAAUUGCAAUAUUAAGAAUAAAACAGGGGUUAUCACUACAGAUCCUGCAGCUAUUAAAAAGACAGUAAGAGAAUACCACAAAGAAUUCUAUACACAUACAUUUGACAAUUUAGAUGAAAUGGACCAAUUUCUUGAAUAUCACAAACUACCAAAACUCAUCCAAGAUGAAAUAGGUAAUCUCAGUAGUCCUAUAACUGUUAAAGAACUUGAAUUCAUAAUUUAAAAGCUUCCAAAAAAGAAAUCUCCAAGACUAGAAGGUUUCUUUGGAGAUUUCCACUAAACAUUUAAAGAACAGGCACCAAUUCUACAUAAUCUCUUCCAGAAAAUACAAGAGGAGAGAAUGCCUUCUUGUUCAUUUUAUGAGGCCAUUACAACUUGAUACCAAAACCAGACAGACAGUAUGAAAACCCAACAAACCAAUAUCCCUCAAGAGCAUAGACACAAAAAUCCUCAGCAAAGUACUAGGAAGACAAAUCCAGCAACAUAUAAGAAGAAUUAUAUACUAUGACCAAGUGAGGUUUAUUCUAGGUAUGGAAGGCUGCUUCAUUGUUUGAAAAUCAAUGAAUGUAAUCCACCAUAUCACCAGACUACAGGAGGAAAAAAUAAUCACAUAAUCCUAUCAAUUGAUGCAAAAAAAUCAUUUGACAAAAUUCAACACCGAUUCAUGAUAAAAACUCUUAGCAAAGUAGGAAUAUAGGGGAAUUUCCCCAGCUCGAUAAAGAGCAUCUACAGUUAACAUCAUGCUAAAAGUGGUGAAAGACUGAAUGCUUCCCCCGCCCCCGGAACAGGAACAAGGCAAGGAUGUCUGUUCUCACUAGUCUUAUUCAGCACAGUACUGGAGGUCCUAGUCAGCACAAUGCUGAGAAAAGAAAUAUAAGGCAUACGAAUUGGAAAGGAAGAAUAAAACUGUCCCUGUUUGCAGAUGACAUGAUUCUCUAUGUAGGAAAUCCCAAAAAUCUACAAAAUAACUCCUGGAACUAAUAAGUAAAUUCAGCAAGAUCACAGGAUACAAGGUCCACACACAAAAAUUAUUUCUCUGUCCUAGAAAUGAACACAUGGAAACACAAAUUAAAAUCACAAUACCAUUUAUAAUCAAUCCUAAAACAAUUGAAAUACUUAGGUAUAAAUCUAACAAAACAUGGACAUGAUGUGUGUGCUGAAGCUACGGAAUGUUGAUGAAGGUAUUCACAGGCGAUCGAGAUAAAUGGAUAGGCAGAUACCAUGUUCGUGAAUUGGAAAAGUCAACAAGGUAAAGAUGUUCGUUCUCCCCAAAUCUAUAGGUUUACUGUAGUUCCUGUCAAAGUCCCAGUAAAGUGUUUUUUUGUAGACUAGCUUAUUUUUCAAUUUAUAUGGAAAAUCAAAGGAAUUAGAAUAGGUAAAACAAGUUUGAAAAAGAAGAACAAAGUAGAAGGCGUCUAUUUGAUUUUAUGACUUACUUUAAUAGCUAAAGUAAUUAAGACAGUGUGGUAUUGGUGGAGGGAUAGACACCGAGGUCAAUGGAACAGAAUAGAGAACCCAGAAAUAGACCCACACAAAUAGGUCCAGCUGAUCUUUGACAAAGGUACAAGAGCAAUCCAAUAAAACAAAGAGUCUUUUCAUCUAAUGGUACUGGGUCAGUUGAACAGUCAGAGGCAAAACUGAACCUCUACCUAAACCUUAUACCUUAUAAAAAUUAUCUCAAAAUGGAUCAUAGAUUUAAUUGUAAAACAUAAAACUAUAAAAGUUUGAGAAUUAAACACAAGAGAAAAUCUUUAGGACCUAGGCCUAGGUGAAGAGUUCUUAGACAUCACACCAAAAGGACAUUAAAGAAAAAAAAAUCAGUCAGAUUUCUUCUGUCAGAAGAAAUUAAAAACUUCUGUGAAAAACCCUGUGAAGAGGAUGAGAAGACAGGUUACAGACUCAGAGAAAAUAUUUGCUAACCACAUGUCUGACAAAGGACUUGUAUUCAGAAUGAAUCAAGGACUCUCAAAAUGCAAUAGUAAGCAGUCAAAAAAUCCGAUUAAAAAUGGUUAAAAGAUGUGAACAGCCAUUUCACUGAAGAGGAUAUACAGAUGGCAAAUAAGCACGUGGAAAGAUGUUCAACAUCAUUAGCCAUUAGAGAAAUGAAAAUUAAAAUCACAAUGAGAUAGUACUAUGUAUUCUAAUAUCUAUUAGAAUGAGCACUAGAAUGGCUGAAACAAAAAAAUAGUAGUAAUGCCAAAUGCUGGCAAGGGUAUAGAGAAACUGGUUCUCUCAGACACUGCUGGUGGGAAUGUAAAAGGGUUCACCCAGUCUGGAAGAUAGUCUAGCAGCUUCUUAUAAAACUAACUUUGCACUUGCCACGUGACCCAGCAGUUGUAUUCUUGGACAUGCAUCCCAGAGAAAUAAAAAUUUAUGUCUGCACAAAAACCUGUACCGGAAUGUUCGUGGCAGCUUUAUUUAUAAUAGCCCCGAAUUGGAAGCAAUUUGAAUGUCCUUCAGUGGGUGAAUGGUUAAACACACUCCAUUGUUAUACAGCAGAAACUGACACAACAUUGUAAAGCAAUUAUACUCCAAUAAAGAUGUUAAAAACAAAAAACACACUCCAGUCCAUCCAUUCAAUGGAAUACUACUCAGCAAUAAAAAGGAAUGAAUACAGGCACCAACUUGGAUGAAUCACAAGGGCAUUGUGCUUUGGGAAUAAAGCCAAUCUCAAAUGUUAUAUACUAUAUGAUUCCAUUUAUAUUACAUUUUCUAAAUGACAAAAUUACAGAGUUGGAGAACAGAUUACUGAUUGCUGUGGGACAGUGACAGGGCGGGGAGAGGACUGGUGGAACUAUAAAAGGGUAGCACAAGGGAGUUACUUUGUGGAGAUGGAACAGUUCUGUAUCUUGAUUGUGAUGGUGGUUACGCAAAUCUAUACGUUGGAUCAAAUUGCAUAGAGUUACACACACACACACACACACACACACACACACACACACAGUUUUUGCAUCAGGGCAUGCAAAAACUGAUGAGAGCUGAGUAAGAGGCAUAGUGUAGUUAUCAGUAUUAUACCCAUGUCAGUUUCUUCCUUUUGCUAUUGUACUCUAAUCAUAUAAGAUACCAUCACUGGAGGAAGCUGGGUGAAGGGUUCAUGGGACUCUGUGCACUAUUUUUGUAAGUUCCUGUGAGUAAAUAAUUAUUUCAAAAUAAAAAGUUAAAAAAAUAAUGCCACUGGGUUUCACCUUUGGUUGUACCUAAGCAUCCACUGAGGAGCUUUAUAAAAUCCCGACAUCCGGGCUGUACCCCAGACCCACCUGUAUCUCUGCUCGUGAGUCCCAGCAUUGGUAUGUUUUAGGAUUCCUAACUCUUGUUCUUGUUUUCCAUUAAAUUAAAAACAAACAAACAGGGACUUCCCUGGUGGUCCAGUGGUUAAGGCUUCGCCUUCCUAUGCAGGGGGUGAGGGUUCCAUCCCUGGUUGGGGAGCUAAGAUCCCACAUGCCUCGCGGCCAAAAAACCAAAAAACAUAAAAUGGAAGCAAUAUUGUAACAAAUUCAAUAAAGACUUUAAAAAUGGGCCACAUUAAAAAAAACCUUUAAAUAAAAGCAAACAACCAACCACUUUCCCAUCCUCUUUUCCUUACGCCAUAGUUCUCCAGCCUGUCCUGGGUGUUCCAGUCAUCUCUCCCGUGGUCAGAUUCUGUCAUCUGCAUUGUGUUGUGUUGGGCAUGGCUGGGAUUUAGGGGAGCCCCGCCCACUGUGCAGGUACAGGGAGGUGUCACCAUUUGACCUGUCUGUGGUUGGCCUGGAGAGCGGCAGAGCCAAUGAGAGAAGCAGAACGGGAGGAGAGAAGAGUGGAGGAGGAAAGAAGUGGGUGCAGGCGAGAGGAGGUGGAGGGCCUCGGAGACAGUGUUGAUGAAAGGGCCUGGGUGUAGGACACCGCCUGGCACGUCUCCUGGGGCAGGCUCAUCCUGGGACUGCUCUGACGGCCGUCCUGCUUUUGCCUCACGUUGAGGCUCCAGUGAUGAUCCUGAAAUACAAAUCUGAUCACAUUCCUUUCCCCAGGCACUGCACAUACUUUAAAGAUCCUUCCUUGGCCUUUCCCUUGGUUUAAGCUGGAGACUAAACUCUUGAACGUGGUCAGCCCAUGGGCUGCCGACCCCCACCUUUCUUUCUGGCCUUGUCUCCCACCUCCCCUCCCUGCACCCCAUUAAUGCCUUCUCUGCCUGGGAAACCAUCCUCAACCUCCUGACUCUUAUAAACACCCGUUUUCUGUGAGUCUUUGUGGUGCGAUAUUUCUCUCCUCAGUAGCACUUGUCACUCUUGGGAUUUAAAAUCUGUUUUUGUGGCUAUUUGACGAUGUCCCUCUUCCCUAUGGCCUCUGUGCAGCAUUGUGUCCUCGGUGCCUGGCGCACAGCAGUGCUUUUCCAUAUUUGUUGAAUGGGUGACUAUCUUUGUUGCUUGUUUCCCCACACUUGUGGUUAUUGGCACCGUUGGAAACUUAGCCCUUACUCUUUGCACGGUAGUGGCAGUGGCCACUUAAAUAACCCGUGGUCUUAAGCUGUGACUUCCAGAAGCGAUAUGGCCCGAGGAUUGCCAAAGGAACUGAUCCUCCUGGCCCCUGGGAAAUGCAGCUGGGUCAAGUUCAGUGGUGGAGCUAGCAGUCGAUUUGAAGAUGGCAUGAUGAGCAGCGGUCUCAGGCUUCCAUGUUGAAUUGAUGCUUAUGUUCUUUGUUUUUUUACCAGCUUAGAGUUCAUUGCCUGCUGACAAGAUACCACAUAGCCUUAAAUUGGGGGGCUAUAAGGAUGUACGCAGUAAUAUAGAAAAUACGUAUGCUGUGAGUGAAAAUGCAGGGUACAUAAUUGUAUAUGUAGCAUGUUACACAAACUACCAAACAGUGUGUAUAGGGGGAAAAAAUGCUAAAAUGUUAAUAGUAGGGGUUUUGGUUUCUUUGUUUCUCAGAUUUUUAAAAGUCUAUUUAAAAUGGAAAAGUAUGUAUUUUGAUCUGAUUUGUUUACUUCUCCUCAGGGAUUGAGGUGCAUUCAUCCUUCAGCUUCUUGUGAUUGGGGUAGCUCCCAGGUGUAUGUUACUUUUUCUAAAUUGUUGUUUUUUAAAUCCCCCUAGUCUUCCAAGAGAAUAUCAGGUUAAUGAAAGCAGCAAAUGAGCUGGGUUAAUGGACCCCUCGCUAUGUAACUUGGUUUGAGUUUUUAUCAGGUCUGUAGGUAUCUGAGUGUGCAGUGAUAAAGCAUCUUUACUGACAGGGCGCGGGGCCCGCAGGGGCCGCGGUUGGACGCGAUUGUGACGCAGGCGUGACGCGGGCGAUUGUGACGCAGGCGUGACGCUGGCGGGCGUAGCCGCUCCCGAGGCGCUCGCGCUGCUCCUGUCGCGCUCUGAGGCAGUCGUAGCUCCGCCCGUAACACCAGGCCCGGGCCACCCCCAGGCCUCUGCCGCCCGCUGCCCGCCAUGGACGACUACGCGGCCCUGUCAGACACCGAGCUGGCUGCCUUGCUGCGCCAGUACAACAUCCCACACGGGCCCGUCGUCGGUUCCAAUCGGAAGUUCUACGAAAAGAAAAUCUUCGAGUAUGAGACCCAGAGGUGGAGGCUCUCGCCCUCUAGCUCAUCGUCCUCCUCUUUGUCCCGUCGGUCCUCGGACUUAGAUUCAGCGUCCGUGGACUCGGAUGUGUACGAUCUGCCCAAGAGAGAGGACGCCUUACUUUACCAGAGCAAGAGCUAUAAUCGUGACUACUGUGAGGAGAAUUACUUGACCACCACGACUUACGGGGAGCCUGAGUCUGCGGGCACAUCCGAGGGCUUCCGCCAGCCCUCGGCUUCGCUCCGUGGUGCUGACACCUUUCAGCACCAGGGUCGCGAUGAUGGUCUUUUCUCUUCUGAAGAGGAGGGCAACGAUAGGGAACGCCCCGUGUAUGGCCGGGACAGUGCCUACCAGAGCAUCGCACACUACCGCCCAGCUUCCAGCAUCUCCAGAAGCUCCCUGGGCCUGUCCCGUUACCCCAGCUACUCCUCCACCUCUGCCGUGUCCUCGCCUUCAUCUCCUCUUUCGUGGCUCGACCGCCGUGCCAUCCGGCCAGAAGAGUGGGCCCCUGAGGCUGCAGAAGAGUGGGUCCCUGAGGCUGAUCUGGGCGAGGAUCACGAGCUCCCACUUUGGAGCGACCUGCUUCAAGUUCUGAUAUUUACUCUAAUAUUGUAUCUUCUCUAUCGCUGCUUGCUGGCCUAGGAUAGCGACCCCUUCCGGGCGGAGCCCUAAUGCUCUGGCUUUGUGGCUUGGGGCCAGCUGAUAUUUGAAGUCCUACAUGACUGCCUUAGCAGUGUUUUCUGGGGGAGGGGGGUUGGGGCUUAUUAUGCAUGUUAUAGCUUGGGGGUACUGGGACAGGGGCAGUGUAGCAAACACUGCCUUCCCCGGCCUUGUGCUGUCAGGGAGGCAGCAGGCCUGGGCCUCUGCAGCAUGGUGGGCCUGGACAGGUGUUCCUCUGGAGCCUCCUGGCCCUACUUGCCUCUGACCCUUAGGGCCUAGGAGGGCAAGAGCCUUCUCCUGGAGAGAAGAACAUGGGUGUCAUCAUUGCAUGCCUCCUAUUCAUUCACCUCAUUGGGGGGGAUUAACCAAAGGCCACCCUGACAUUUCCACAGGCAAUAAAAAGACCGUUCACUUAAAGAAAAAAAAGAAAGCAUCUUUAUUUUAUCACAGAUGGUGACUCAGAGCGCUGGUUUUGGGGUCAGAGAGCUGAGAGCUGAGCUCUCCCACCUUGGGCAAGUUAUUUAAGCUUUCUGAGUUUCUUUCAUUCAUUUAUCAAAUGUUUAUUUUGUGUUUGCUGUGUUAUAGGCACCAGGGAAGACACUGAACAAAUCAGACAAAAAUCCUUGCUCUUGUGUGACUUACAUAUAAUGAAUAAGUUAUAUAGUAUUUGGAGGGAAAAAAAGCAGGGGAGGGGGAAUAUGAAUGUUGGGAAUGGGAUUGCAGUUUGUGAUAGGGAGGCCAGCAAAGGCCUCACUGAAAAGGUAACCUUUAAGUCAGGAGUUGAGGAAGUGAGCAGGGGAGCCCUGUGGGGAUCUGUGGGAGAGCCUUUCAGGCAGAGGCAAUAAAUAGCACAUGCAAAGGCCCUGAGGAGGGAAAGUCCCUGGUGCAUUGGAGAAACAACAGAGACCACUGUGCUGGAGAGGAGACAACCAGGGAAGAGCAGCAGGGGAUGGGCUUAGAGGUCACGGGGCCACUGUAAGCCCUGGGACUCUGAGUGAGAUGGGAAGUUUUCACGGCAGCAGUGGAGUGAUUUGGCCGGGGAUGCUCUCACUGGUUCCUUCUGGCUGCAGUGUUGAGAACAGACUGCAAAGGGCAAGGGUGGAAUCAGGGAGGGCAGUUUGGAGGCCAAUGCAGGAAUCCAGGGGAGACCAGUGGAGAAGUGGUCAGAUUCUGGAUACUUCUGAAGUUAGAGCCCCCAGGAUUUGCUGAGAAGGCUGGAUGUGUAUUGUGAGAGAGGGAGAGAGGAGAGAAGGGUGACCCUAAGGUUUUUGUACUGAGCCCUGGCAAGCAGUUUGAGGAGGUGAGUCUGGAUUUCAAGGGGCAGGGCCAGGCUAGAGAUAGGAAUUUGGGGGUCCUUCAAAGAUCAAGAUCACCAGGGGCGAGAGUGUGGUCAGAGGCGAGAGGAGUCUUGGGUCCUCCAGUGUUACCAGAAUUGAGACUGACAGGGAGUGGUCAGAAGGGGAGGAGAAGAGCCAGGCAAGUGAAUGUUCUGGAAGGUAGGAGGAGAAGGUGCUUCAGGUCAGGGGGAGAGAGUGGUCACUUGGGCCCGGGCCCUCUCCGCAGGUGGCUCCCAGCGUGGGGCAUGAACGGCAAGGGGGGUUCUGGGUGGGGGGAGGUGGCUGGGCCCAGAUCGCUGCCCAUGGCGAGCAGUGGAGCAGCCUCGGAUGGUUCCUCUGCCUCUGACGCAGCUGCUGCUUCUUUUUUUUUUAUAAUUUUUCUUUUGGCCGUGCUGCGCGGCAUGCAGGAUCUUAGUUUCCCAACCAGGGAUCGAACCCACGCCCCCUGCAGUGGAAGCAAGGAGUCUUAACCACUAGACGGCCAGGGCAGUUCCUGAAGCAGCUUCGUCAUCUGUGAAAGGAGACAGUACUCAGAUCCUGGUAGAGUUUUUGUAAGGGCUGCAGUUAUUUUCUCACGUGCCAGGUACUGGGGAGCUCUGGGAACACAAGGAUGAAUAAAUAAUAAUGUAUGUUAAGUCCAGCUACACAUUAUGAAUAUUGUUAUUAAUAAUGAUGAGCACCUGGCAUAAGGGGAGCUCAGGGUAGGGGCUUUCCCCCCCACCCUUCCAGAAUGAGUCCAGGUUUGGGCAUAUAAAUGAAAAUUGCUACUAUGCUUAACCGCAAAAUAUAACACUCUCCUAUUAUGUUCAUGCAUUUAAGUACAGAAUGUCUCUAAGGUUUUAAAAAAUGUGAUCGGUAGUACUGGAGCUCUUAAAUCAUAUUGUAAGAGUUAGAAUUGAAAAAAAAAGUUAGGUUCACAUGCCCGCCAAAUGUACGAAUUCUUCAGGCUGAUAAAUUUCGAGGUGAAAAAAAAGUUGGCGUCUCCAAAAACAGGGAGCAGAACAUUCCAAGUUUAUAGCACAAAGUAAAUUUGAUGCAUUGUAUAAAAUCUUUAUUUAAGGAGCCCUUAAGGAAUGUAUACCAUCUUCCAAAGUUUAUUGAAGAACAUGAAAUGGAAUCAUUGGUAGUUGUUUAAAAUAAAAAUGGUAAUUUUUAGAAUAAAAGUUUUCAUAUGUGAACAAGUUGCAUGAUAACUAAACUUCUCCGUUUUAGAUUUUCAACUCAUCCAUUUGACUUUUAUUUGAUGAUGACCUUUUUAAAAAAAUUGUUUAUUUAUUUUGGCUGCAUUGGGUCUUUUUUGCUGUGCGCGGGCUUUCUCUAGUUUCAGCGAGUGGGGGCUACUCUUUUGUGGUGUGUGGGCCUCUCAUUGCGGUGGCUUCUCUUGUUGCGGAGCACGGGCUCUAGGCGCACGGGCUUCAGUAGUUCUGGCACGCGGGCUCAGUAGUUGUGGCUCGCAGGCUCUAGAGCACAGGCUCAGUAGUUGUAGCACACAGACUUGGUUGCUCCACGGCAUGUAGGGAUCUUCCUGGACCAGGGCUUGAACCCGUGUCCCCCGCAUUGGCAGGCGGAUUCUUAACCACUGCGCCACCAGGGAAGUCCCGAUGAUGACCUUUUAAAAAUCAUAUUUUCAUUUAAGGUUUCUUUAUAUAUGUAAAAACGUCUGUAGCAUGGGUAAUAUUGAAAAGCUGAUCUUCCCCCUUCCCCACAAUACAUUGUGUGCUGGAAGAGAGCCUGUUGUUGUGCCCUUGUCUUUCUACUAAGUCAUUUCAUUCAGCCUCUUCUGCUGUGAUCUGUGAGCCUGGUGAGGUCAGCCACAUUCAGCACGUCCUUACUGCGGUCUGUGCCCAGGACUCAGCGGGCUUUGACCUGGAGCAGUUUGUGCCCAGUGAUCUAGAAGCCGGAGUCUGCAUUUAUUAGCCCCAAGACCUUGGGGAACCUAUUUAAUCCCUAUGCCCAGGUAUCCAUUUAUUUCCUCCUGUGAAAAAUGGGAAGGCCACAAUGGUAUACCUCUUUGUUAGUGUCCUUGGAAGGACGCAUGAGAUCACAUGUGUAGGGCAACUCACAGGAGUGUUUGAUACUUAUUAAUCAGUUAACAAAUAUUAGCUAUUAAUAGAAGUAUUCAACCACUCUGAGAGACUGGAAAAAUACAGAGAUGGUGUUUGUCAGUUGGAUGCUGUGGGCAGCGGUGCUGAGCUGGAGGUAGGGGUGCAGGUUUUCUUUGUGGUGGGGGAAGUAGCAGCCCUGGAAGAUGGAAGGGUGGGGGAGCUGUGCAGGGAGGGCCACAGUCUGCGAUGCCCUUCGUCCCAGUCAGCCUGGCAGGGAGCUUCUGAGCCAAGGCUGCCCAACGGAGGACCAGAAAUGGGCAGAAACAGGCAGAAGUGGCCAGGUGCUGACACUCCCUGCCUGCCCCCCAGGGCAGUGAUUGGCAGGGGCUGCCGAGGGGAGCGCGACCUCAGCUUGAAAGCAGCCUAGGAUCUGGGGCAGAUGCUGAAGACAGGAGGUCUGUCCUGAAGGGGCAUGUGGGCAGCACACCUCAAGGGCUGCCCAGGAGAUGUUUCAUUUCACUUUAGUUUCUUAACUCCCAAGGGGCUUUGAAAUAAUGUGUUUCCCCCUGCCCCCAGGCUCAGGGGUAAAUUUUAUCAUCUUUCUGCCACUGAGGAACAUGAGACAAGAAGUUCUCGAGGGAGCUUCAGGGAGAGUAAAGGUGAAAAUGUGAAUGUCUCUUUAAUAUGUGGUCACCGCAUACGUUAACACGAAAGCCACACACAGAUGUAUUUAGCUCCUUGUGGAAUGAGGUGCAUGAUGUUGGCCCCUUUUCGCCCUUCGCUGCCUGUUUUGCUCGUCAUGAAGGAAGGAGUGUUUCAUUUGUUGUCAUCCUCCCUCUGGGACCACCAUGUUUGUCUCAAGAAAACCGACAAAGAGAUGAUAUCCUGUGUCUGGGUGUCCGGGUGGAAAACAAAGCGGGCUGGCCUGCGUUUGUGAGCCAGGAGGUUGUCCGAGCCAAACCACAUCCUGCCCCGGCUUUCUUGAGGCAGGUGGUCCCAGAUGGAGGCCUAGAGCGAGGAGCCGUGGACCUCGCUCCCCCGAGAGACCUGGGACGCCGCUCCGUUCCCAGGUGGUGUGGGGACACUGUGACCGCUGUCUCCUCUUACACCCAGCCUUUCUUCGAAGGAGGCAGGACAGCUCAUUGGUGGCCGUGCUGAAGCUCUCAGGGCUGUAAUUUUCCUGGCUGUAAAACAAGGCCAUGGUCAAGAUCUGAGAUAACUAGUUUCAGUACAGUGGGGGGCCAGGUUACAAUGAAAAAGGACCGGUUUUUGCACAUCAUGGAAGAAAAAAAUAAAUUCAAAUUGUAUUUAAAAGAUUUACCAUAGAUGUGCAUUUUAGUCAUGACUGUAAUAACUAUAAUUGGCAUUGAUGUGUUAAAACGUGAAUAUGUUCUUAGCAAGGCCGUGCGUGUUUGGACAGCAUCUCAUUGUCUGCAACAUGAUGCCAGCUGCUGAAGGCUUAGGUUACUCAGGAUUUGUUUUCUGACCACAUACGAUUCAUAGUAAAGAAACGGCAUUCAAAUCAAUAGGUUGGCAGAUUAUGGGCAAAAGAUUCACCAUGAGUGUUUAACACCAUAAUCAUUAUCAAGUUAUAACUGCUAGACCUGUAGUCACACUGUACUAUUGAGGCCUUCAUGGGCACAAAUAGAAAAGGAAUCAGGUUUAUUGCUGUCGUUCUGUAACUGCUCACAGCUUGGCUUGUAUUCAGUCUUUAACUAUUCCUCUCAGUGGCAAAAUCGUGAGUGUGUGCACAACUUUUUUCUCUCCAAAUCUUGAAACUGGAGUAAUUGCCAACCUGACUACGAAAAAAGUACAUCUGCCAUAUGAAAGUAGCUUCGGCUAUUCUGUGUUAAAUGAAUAAUUAUGACACUAGGCUCUGGUGGCACAUAAUAUGAAUUUUGAAACACAUUUGAAACUGGAGCAUGUCAGGUUUGUGUGGUUUCAACUGUUGAGAAAUUGCUUCUUUGUGCUUAUUGAUAUUUUUUUUCAGGGAACACUCUGUUAUUUGGUUCAAAAUGUCACAUGACAGAUGAUCUCUUUGGUACAUAUAAUCUGUGCAAUUAUAGUGUGAGCUUCUCCUGUCAGUGGUGGUUAAAAAUCCAUAUACCUUUCUCUUACCUCUGAUAUAUAU